AUGAAGAGCUCAGCCUCUGCCCACAUGUGGAACAUUGUGCUGGUCUUGCCCUCACUACUGGCUGUGCUUCAGACCACCACUGCCACGAAGAAUGGCAUCGACAUCUACAGCCUGACAGUGGACUCCCGGGUGUCUUCCCGAUUUGCCCAUACUGUUGUUACCAGCCGGGUGGUCAACAGAGCCAGUGAUGCUCAAGAAGCUACCUUCCAAAUAGAGCUACCCAAGAAAGCCUUCAUCACCAACUUCUCUAUGGUCAUCGAUGGCGAGACCUACCCAGGGAUUGUUCAAGACAAGGCUGCAGCCCAGGAGCAGUACAGUAAAGCAGUGGCCCGGGGAGAGAGCGCUGGCCUCGUCAAGACCACUGGGAGACAGACAGAGCAGUUCCAAGUGUCAGUCACCGUGGCUCCUAAUGCCAAGAUUAUUUUCCAACUGGUAUACCAGGAGCUGCUCAGGCGGCAACUGGGAACAUAUGAGCUACUCCUCAAAGUAAAGCCACAGCAGCUGGUCAGGCACCUUCAGAUGGACAUUCACAUCUUUGAGCCUCAGGGUAUCAGCUUCUUGGAGACAGAGAGCACCUUCAUGACCCAGGAGCUGGCAGAAGCCCUUACCACCUCACAGAACAAGACCAAGGCACAUAUCCAGUUCAAGCCAACACUCUCCCAGCAGCAAAACUCUCAACAUGAGCAGGACACAAUCCUGGAUGGGAACUUCAUUGUCCGCUAUGAUGUGGACCGGUCUGUCUCUGGGGGCUCCAUUCAGAUUGAGAACGGCUACUUCGUGCACCACUUUGCCCCUGAGGACCUUCCUAUAAUGCCCAAGAAUGUGGUCUUUGUCAUUGAUAAAAGCGGAUCCAUGUCAGGCAAGAAAAUCCAACAGACUCGAGAAGCCCUAAUCAAGAUCUUGAAUGACCUCAGCCCCAAAGACCAGUUCAACUUCAUUGUAUUCGAUGCGAAAAUAACCCAAUGGAAGCCAUCCCUGUUGGAAGCCUCAAAAGAGAACUUGGAAGAGGCCACAAGCUACGUUUCCAAGAUCGGUGCUCAGGGAGGGACCAACAUCAAUGACGCAAUGUUGAUGGCUGUGAAGCUGCUGGACACCAGCAACCAGGCUGAGCUACUACCCUCGGGGAGUGUUUCCCUUAUCAUCCUGCUCACAGACGGGGAUCCCACCAUGGGGGAAACAAAUCCCGAAAGUAUCCAGAAGAACAUUCAUGAAGCCAUCAACAACAAGUACAGUGUCUUCUGCUUGGGCUUUGGGUUUAAUGUCCACUAUCCUUUCCUGGAGAAGCUGGCACAGGACAAUGGUGGCCUGGCCCGGCGCAUCUAUGAGGAUUCAGACUCUGCACUGCAGCUCCAGGACUUCUACCACGAAGUAGCCAACCCACUGCUAUUGGCAGUGGCCUUUGAAUACCCCAGUGAUGCUGUGGAGGUGGUCACACAGGACAACUUCCGACACCACUUUAAGGGCUCAGAGAUUGUGGUGGCUGGGAAGCUCCAGGACCAGGGCCCUGAUAUCCUCUCAGCCAAAAUCACUGGGCAGAUGCAUAUGCAGAACAUCACUUUCCAAACGGAGGCCAGCAUAGCCCAAAAGGCAGAGGAGUUCCAGAGUCCCAAAUACAUCUUUCACAACUUCAUGGAGAGACUCUGGGCAUUACUGACCAUAAACCAACAGCUGGAGCAGAUGGUUUCAGCAUCAGGGGAAGAGUUAGAGGCCCUUGAGUCCCAAGCUCUGAGUCUGUCACUCAGAUACAACUUUGUCACUCCUCUUACGCAUAUGGUGGUCACCAAACCUGAAGGCCAAGAACAAUUUCAAGUUGCUGAGAAGCCUGUGGAAGCUGAUAAUGGACGAAGGAAUGGCUUCUUAGGAGGUAGAAACCAUUUUCUCAAGACUCAUAGCAGAAGACCUGGACGACUCAGAUCAACAGGUAACAAUGGAAGAAGAGAUGAGAAGGAGAAGUUUGUAGAACUGUGGCAGGCAUCCAAAGUUCCUGUGCUUUCAAGUCAAGCUGUGUUACGAAGCAUGGAGAAAGAAGAUAAAGAAAGCACCACACCAGAUAAAGCCCCACAGCCAGCCCACUUGCAGGCUCCUGCUAUCAUCUUGCCACUUCCUGGAUCCAGUGAGGGCCAGCUCUGUGUGGAUAUCACACGUUCUCAGGUGCCCAUGAAGCUGUUCAUAGACCCUGAUCAGGGGCUUUUGGUGGAAGGUGUGCAUGAGAAUGGUGGUUUCUCGUGGAUCAGUGUGCGCAUCCAGAAGCCUCCCCUGCUUGUGGAGGCAACCCGGAAAAACUUGGUGAUAACUCGGGACCAGAAAAACACCAAGUAUAAGUGGAAGCAGACACUGUACUCUGUGUUACCUGGCUUGAAGAUAACCAUGGACCACAUGGGGAUCCUGCAGCUCAGUGGCCCAGACAGAGUAAAUAUUGCCCUCUUGCCUGUGGAUAACCCUCCAGAUGGACUGAUAUUCCUUGUGAAUGACACUCAACACUUCUCCAACAGCGUUGAUGGGGAACUCGGUCAGUUUUACCAGACUAUCAUCUGGGAUCCACCAGGUGGACCAGAUAACACGACACGGACACUCAGAGUUCAGGGAACAGAGUAUUCUGCUACUAGACAGUUAAAAUUGAAAUACCCAGAAACAGAGAUUUCCUGCUGGACUGUGAAGAUCUAGCCGCUAGGGGCAGUGUUCCCCUGCCACAUUGUAUUUGUAUGCAGA